CACAUUCCGUAAACGUUGUGCGUAUAGACACUCGUAUGGUAGCCUGAUCUCUCUUGAUCUCGUAUAAAAGAAGCGUGGGAAUCUUAGGCGAGCUCAGAUAAACAUAAUCAGGCAAUAUGGGCGAAUCUGUGACUACACAAGCAUACGAGGAGCUUUCAGGCGACGCCUAUGAAGUCCAGGGUGAUAAUACGGUGCAUCUGACAUUUCACACGCACAAAGCAACGCUAACUGGCGGGUCAGGGGACAUUAUGAGUCAAAGCGGUCGCAAGUACUUCGAGCUUAAUGCCAAGAAACUCUUGGAUCACAAUGGAAAGCACAUAUUCACCAUCAAACACGCAUUAGUAUCUUUGCACAAACGAAUGUACAUUUGUGAUCAUGUAGGCAACAAGUUAAUGGAGAUUCACUCGGAAAAUAUCAUACAGAUGGACGCGAGCGCAGUUUUAACUGAUCUGGUUGGCAGAGAAGGAAAAUUACAGAGUCAGCGGCAGCUUUAAGGACCGGAAGUACAAAAUCACAAACAUGUUCAGGGAUGAGGAGGUGGCUGAGGUGGACUACUGCAUAGACCACCUUGCCAACGACGAUACCUACUCGCGUCAAACCAGGCGAAAAUGCGGCAUUGAUGUCGUGCAUAUGUAUUGCUCUGGAAGAGAUGCUGGAUCACGUCCAGAACAAUUAAGUGAAUACAAAUUACAAGAACAAGCAGUGCAAUGAAUGACACAGAGUGAUUAAUAAUAUCAAUUGCAUAUAAAGUUGUGGAAUACCAGUACAGUAUAUAAUUUUAGCAAAGGAAGAUUGGUCUUUGUCCAUAGCCUAGUCACGGAAACAAUCGAUGAGAGCCAACAAAUUGUGAAAUUACGACUG